GUCAAUCCUUCAAAAUCCUCCUGUUUCCCCACCUCAGACCACCCCCCAGCACAUUGCUUGCUAACUCUUCUGUGAAGUUCCCCUCUACCCCUUUGUAAACUUGACUCAGUAGAACGUAGCCCCUUGAGGCCAGAACCCUGCUGCCUUCACUUCUGUAUCACCAUCCCAUGCUAAGUACUGAAACAUGCUUGUUGAAACCAAACGACAGCCUCACAGUCUCCCUCUGCUUUCCAGGCUGACCAGAAGAGCCCUUGGAGCUCCUGUAAUAACACCUUGUUUGGAAAAUGUAAACUAUGGAUGGCCAUCACCUCCAUUUUUCUAGGUCUCUUCGUAGUGAUCAUCAUCAGCUUAUGUCUUUUUGGAGCUUAUGUCGAUGAAGAUGAAAAUGAAAUCCUCGAGUUAUCAUCAAAUAAAACGUUCUUGCUCAUGCUGAAGAUUCCAGAGGAGUGUGUUACUGACGAAGAAUUGCCUCGUCUGCUCACAAAAAGGCUCACAGAUGUGUACAGCUCGUCCCCGUCUCUGAGUCGUUAUUUUACUUCAGUGGAAGCAAUGGACUUCAGAGAGGAGAAUGCCACAAUAACCUACCACCUGCAGUUUGAGGUUCCAUCGAAAGAUGACAAUUUUCUGAAGUAUAUGAUGAGUGAGGAGUUGGUGCUGGGCAUUUUGCUACAGGAUUUCCAUGAUCAGAACAUGUCUGCUUGUGAGGCUCUGGGGCUUGAUCCAGAGUCCCUCUUGCUCUACGAGUGAAGCAGUGGAGGCCGGUCUGUGUCUGAAAGCGGUGCUCCCCUGAGUUGUGGGAUGAAGACAAUUCAUUCUAUUUUACAGAAAAGAUACUGUGAAUUAACAUAGAAAGACUUGGAAUGACCUCCUGAUUGUGCACAGUUAUGCCAACAAGCAAAACAGCACCGAGAGCUGCUCUGGCUUCACUCGUGAUGAAGACAGGAAGCCAGAUGGGGCAGGGCGACGGGGCAGCUGGUUGACUUUUGGGCGUGAGGUCAUUACUAUUCUUGAAGCACCAGCUGUCUCCACCCACAUGCGGACACUUUCCCUUUCGAGCACAGGGAGAGGAGGCGGCCAGGUGAGGGCGACUUGAGCCAGUGGCUCACUGGGAUCCCCUCCCACUCACCAUCACAUUAAAUCUACCUCUAAGCAAGCCUGUGUGGAAAGGGAAGGCACUUAACAAGACCCGAGCAGCAGGGUUCUGGGGCUGCGUUCAGGACCUGCAGCUGCAUUUUUUAGCAAACCAGCCGGCAGGCACAUCAUCCGAUGUUACGGUUAUUCAUAGCUGUAGAAAUGAGAUGUGUGUCUUUAAAUUACUUCGCAUGUCCUCACUGUGGGUGACUCCUGGACACCUCUGCUAGGAACAUGGUUCCCUGUGAGCGUUGAACACUCUGCUCUCAUUUUGGAGAGUUUUUCCAAGUAUAUUUUCACAACCUUCCAUCAGGGAAUCAUGAAGACUCCUUACCGCCUGCUGUGGCUGUUGCACCCCGGCUUUUCAUGACCCGGUGCCAAUGGCCUUCCCGUAGGACUUUGUGUCUCCGUAUGAAGGUGGUUGUGAAACAGGAAGGACCACGCUCUGAAACUAACUGUUGGAAGCUUAAUGCCAGUUCAUUUGCAGGGUGGGGGAAUAUCAGUGGCUGGAUCGGUCAUUUGCAGACAUAGCCUUGCCUGCCAUGAGAGAACAGAAUAUUUUUUUCUCGGGCAAAUUGUUUGCUGGAACUUUUCCAGGAGAGUUUGUGGUCCUACAGUGAGAGCUCCUUAGCCCUAACAUCUCGGUUAGGUCGGCCUCGGGUGGAAGUUAGCGUGGGGUAGCUGUGCCCGGGGAUGUGUGCGUGCUGUCUCAGGGAGACUGGCCUUGAGUUCUUUAGGACCCUGGGCUCUGGGUGAUGUGAAAACUUUCCUUCUUAUUUAACGAGAAGAUAUGUUUAUUAUAACUGUCUCAUUUUGAUGAUAGUUCCUCAAACUAGCGAAGCAGGUGAAUUAUCCUGCUUCCUCUUUAUUUUUUACAUGUCAAGUAUAAGCUUUAGUGUGUUUGUACUUUUUAGAAAAUAGCGGAGAACUUUCAUGGAAAAGGAUUUUAAAAUGUUUACGAUAAAUUAUUUUUGCCUCUG